UCCUUCACUCACCUGGAUCCAGCUUGCCUUGUCGAGGACCCGGAAACGAAGAAGCAGCGGCCUCGCAACUAUCUCGAAACCCUCGAAGAGCGCUUGGCUCUUCUCGAGAACCAAGCUUCAGAAAACCGUUUCACCGACAGCAAUUCCUCCACGCCAGUCCUCCAGAGCAGCAAUGGCGGCGACCAUUCAGUACCCGCCUUUGCCUCCGAGGUAGGUGAUGUUGUUCAUAGCGGCCUGCCUGUAAGAGUCGGAGAACUGGAUGUCUCAACCACCCAGACCGAGCCCCAAUACUUGGGAUCAUCCUCCGCGUUCGCCUUUUCUCACCUCAUUAGUUCUUCUCUCCGGGGGGCGAUUGUCCCCAAGCCAUCUUCUCGAACUAAUCCCGGCCAUUUGUGCAUCUCCCCUCUACCUUGUCCUUUGCCAGGGUACGGUAUUGCUACCACUCUCAGUAAUGCCUACUUUGAGAAUAUACAUCCACAGUAUCCUUUUCUUCACGAGCCGACUUUCAGGCAAUACGAGAAAAAUCUGUUGGCUGCGUGUCCAGACACCACCGACCUCGGGGUGGCCACUGCGCCUUUCUUCUUCAUGCACAUGUGGCUUACCAAGUAUUUCAAAGGUAUAUGCAGUGGGUGCAAUCUUGGUUCCAGGCUGUCAGCACUUAGCAGAGACGACCCUGAAGAGGAGAAGCAACAUUAUAGUGCGGCGCAACUCUAUCCCGAUGUUCUAUCCUAUAACAAUUUAGAGGCGAUACAAGCCAUAUUAUGCUAUGCCAUGUACUCGCUCCGAUCGCCAACAGGGCCCUCCCUAUGGAAACUGUCAGGGCUAGCUUUGCGGCAGUGUAUUGAAUUAGGAUAUCACCGCAGUGCUCGGAGGGUACGUUCUGUCCAGGAUGCGCUCCAACUCGAGUUACGGAAGCGAUCAUUCUGGUGCGCACAAGGGAUAGAUGUGACUUAUGCGCUACGGCUGGGCCGUCCGUUGGGAAUACAAGUACAUGAAAUAGAUGCCGAGCUUCCGCUUGACAUUGACGACGCUUCAAUCAGCAGUUCCGGCAUUCUUGGAAUCCCGAGAACAUCACCCGACACAGCACCAACAUCAAUGUCCAAUGCUCUCCACGUUAUUCGACUCCGGCGGAUAUGGGCCCGCAUUCAUACUUGUGUUUACUCGACUAGCAUGUUGGGCGACGUCGACGACAAUACGCGAAACUCUCACAUACUGCAGCUUCGUGAAGACUUGGAAGAAUGGCGGCGGACGGCUCCUGAACCGCCCCCGCGAUCUGGCAAGCCGUUGUCCAUCUUCUCUACUAAAGCCUGGUACGACCUCAACUACAGCGGCACCAUCCUCAAUCUUUACCGCAACCAACUGGUGGAGCCCGAAAAUACUCCUGAUAGCGUCUUCUUGGAUUGUAUGCAAGCUGCCAGCACCGUCUGUCGGCUAUAUCGACGCCAGUACGUCGGCACCUCCAUCCAGCAUACAUGGGCCACCCUCCACUGCGUGUUCUGGGCGGGAUUGAUCUUUCUGCACUGCCUAUGGACGUCAAAUGCCGCCUGCGAAUCUGUACAGCACGGCGACGUAAGCCAGAUAUGCACAGACUGCAUCAUGGUGCUGGUUGUCAUAGCGCAGGCUUGGGAGGAGGCCGCUCCGUACCGUGAUAUUUUCGAGGUUUUGACCAAUCGUACAUUGUCCAUGAUUGUGAACAGAAACUUGCAACGGCCGCCUGUGCCCGCCACUCCGGCCUUGUCGGCUACCUCUGAACGAGAGGCGGUUGCGAGGUGGAUGACUGAGAUUGACGACACAGGAAUGUUGUCCGGGCUUGAUGAAUUUCUAUCUGGUUUUAUGGAUAAUCUUGGAGGGUAUAAUAUGACUCACGAUGAUAAUGUGUAA